CACCACAUCUGUCUGCCUAUUUGGACGCGAUAAACUUAAUAACUACUCAACGGAAAUUUGAUAUGGACAUAGUUUGAGACUCUAGGAAGGACAAAGGCUGCAUUCGUGCGACAUAGAUUAUUUCCAGGAUAAUAAGUAGCGUGUAGAACGCCAACAGCUUCUCCUCAAUGAACGAAUUUUCUAAUUAACUCAGUUGUUCCAUACAUUAUUGAUUCAAAAGAAACUAAAAUAUCUAAUCGUGUUCUUAUAUUAUGAGCGCCACUCUGAACAUAGCCACACGCUGUCAAUGUUGAAAUCAUACUAAAGUCAGUACAGAUUGUAGUACAAUUGAGUCGAACACAAUUAGUGUACAGAAGCCAUAUCUAGUACAUAGUACAUAUAUUGAUGUAUAGCAUAGAUUGUUUGGUACAACAUUAUAUUAUUAAAAAUGAGAACCAUCGUAGACGGUUUAAUCGAUUCCAAAAUUAGCACGAGCAGUAUCAAAAAAUUAAACGUCACUUCGGUCACGUGCGAGUCUCGUGAACUUAGAAUAAACUUUUAUCUUGAAAUCAUUAACACUUUUUUUCCAAUCAGAAUCAAUAACGACGACAGUAUUUUGGUGUUUUUAAAACACUUCGUGUCUUCGAAUUGUUUUCUCACAUUAGAUAUGAAAAUAAAAAAAUUAACAUGCGAUAUCUAAUCCUGAGUAUAUUGUUUUAAACAAAAUUAUAGAAAGAGCUACCCAACCUCUCUUAAUCCACAACCACGAGAUCAACAAGACAUUAGUUGUCGAUAUUACCAUCUUAUACUCAACGAACUUAAUCACCAAAAAGUGCAAAAAAAAAUCACAGCUAUAAUAUUUACGCAAAAUCACACAUUACAAUUCUAUCGGUACCAACAAUCAUGCUUUUAUUCAUUCCUUCGCAGAAUAUGAAGCCAAUGUAAUCUCUUAUCAAUAUAUUAAUCCUUACGAUUAUCAGUAGGGCGGUUAUACUAAAACUUAUAAAAGAUGCGAGGUAUACUCAGAGAGGACACGCUGUUAGGUCGGCUCGUGUACCGGUUGGAAAAUGGCGGAUAGACGGCGAAAUAGUACUGCGAGUAAGGGCCAGGAGAGCCCUGCGAUAGACCUCGACUAUGUGCUGGUGAACGAGCUUGGCCAGUUCGGCCGCUUCCAGAUCUACAGCUUGUUAUUGGUGGCCGUCCCUCUCGCUAUGUCGGCUUUCAUGGGUGAAUUCAUCUUCUCAGCAGCUGCUAUCCCUCACAGAUGUCGUGUGCCAGAAUGCGGUGAGACAAAAAAGAGUUCUCUAUUCGAACCCGAAUGGAUUUCCAACGCCAUCCCGCAGACUUCCUCAGGAUUCGCCAGCUGCGAGCGGUUCGUUCCAGUGGAUGGAGCUAAUGGCUCGCUCGACUACUGUCCCGCCAAUCUGUUCCAAAACGACACAAUGGGUUGCGAUGGCUUCGUCUACGCUCGGGACAACUCUGUUGUGUACGAUUUCGACCUUGGCUGCCAAGAAUGGUUCCGUGCGUUAGCUGGUACUCUCAACAGCGUGGGAACCCUAUUGGUGCUGCCCAUCAUCGGGCUCGUCUCGGACAAGUUUGGUCGGCGGGUUGCCCUCAUAGUCAGUGUCAUUAACCUGGCAUCGUUCGGCCUCAUCAGGGCCUUCUCCGUCAACUACCCCAUGUACCUGGCCCUUCAGCUCAUUCAAACAACGCUUGGAGCUGGAUCGUUUAGCUCUGCUUAUAUUUUUGCCACUGAAUUCGUAGGUCCGAAGUACCGUGUAUUUACGAGCGCCACCUGCACAUCCAUGUUCGCCGUGGGACAGGUAAUCCUCGGCAGUGUUGCCUGGCUAAUCCAGCCUUGGCGAUACAUGAUCAUGGCCCUCCACAUCCCGUGCUUCCUCAUUAUUAUCUACUACUGGAUCCUGUCGGAAAGCGUCAGGUGGCUACUGUCGCAGCAGAGGUUUGACGAUGCCAAGAAGGUGCUUGAAAAAGCUGCGAGGAUCAAUAAAAAGGAAAUCAGCGAGAAGUCAAUGCAGGCGCUGUUGACGCCGCCGGCAGCUCCUGAGCACAAGGUGGAACGUCCUGGAGUGUUCAAGACCAUCAUAAAAUCUCCCGUCCUGCUCCGGCGCGUGUGCACGACGCCCAUCUGGUGGAUUACAACCACUUUUGUGUACUACGGGCUCUCCAUCAACUCCACCAGCCUGUCGGACACCAUGCACCUCAACUUCAUUCUCACAUGCGCCAUCGAGAUCCCUGGCUUCUACACCGCCGUGCUCGUCUUGGACAGGAUCGGCAGGAGGGCCACUCUCUCAACCGCAUUUAUCUUCAGCGCCGCUUGUAAUCUCGGCUUCGCUUUCAUUCCUGAUGACAUGACUAUGGUGCGCUUGAUAAUAUUCCUGCUGGGCAAGUUCGGCAUCUCCACGGUGUUCACGUCGCUGUACCUGUACACGUCCGAGCUGUACCCCACCGAGUACCGCCACAGCCUGCUCGCCUUCUCUUCUAUGGUCGGACGCAUCGGCUCCAUCACUGCGCCCCUCACGCCUGUCCUGAUGGAGUACUGGGCUGGUAUUCCCUCAGUGAUGUUCGCAUCCAUGGGCUUCCUCUCCGGAGUGCUGGUGCUCACACAACCAGAGACCCUCGGCACUAGGAUGCCUGACACUCUAGCAGAGGCGGAGUUGAUAGGCAAGCCAGAGUCCAAGGUUCAGCGGUAGAACAGUUCGCUACACUUCAAGGAUACUGAUUAUGUAUAGGACGGGCGUGUGAUGUGUUCGUAAAUUGAAAUGCUUAGAUCGUUAUGGAUUAAAUACUUACCUACGUUAAGUUUAGACUCGUAAGUUCUCGGAGCAAUUAUAUUACUUAAGACCUAUCAGAGGCGUUUACACUAGUAGAAAUUUUUAUAUAAUUCUAUAUGCAUAGAUGCGAUUCGCAGCAAGCCCUGCAAGCUACAAAAUUUCUAAAAAUUAGUUCACCGUGAUUGUUUCUACUGUAAAAAUCACUUGCGAAUGUUAAUUUCUGCAAGUUUUCUUGUUAAUUUAAACGUAGCUUUAGGUUCAAAAAUGUAUGUUGUAAUAAAGUUAUUUAUUAUACUGUAUUCGAUGGUGUCGAUAAAUGUAAAAAAAAAUCGUAUACUCGACUCCAAAAGUCGGCACGCAAUACACGAGAUAUUCGGAAUAUCAUAAGUUAUUUAUAUUUUAUAAGUGUACACCAACAAAGGCAUUAGUAUUAAGUACCUUAUAUAAAGUUUUAAUAUUGCAACAUUAUGUUUUUUGUAUUUUUUUCCUUAGUUCUCUUGUAAAUAUAUAAACGCUUAAGCAUUUGUGUUAUCACAAGAAAUUAUAAGACUAAUAAUCUUGUACAUAGUAAUAACACUUAAGUAAAUAUAUGGUACGCAUAGUUAACAUUUUUAUAGGACCGUUCUGAAGUUUGUGUUAAUCUUUUUUUUUUAUUAGUUUGAAUGACGAGACGAGCUUGCCGUUAAUAAAUUAUUUUUGCUAGUUGUGCCAGUAAGUAUAAAACACUGCGGCAUUUUCAUUCUGUUUUUAGUUUUACUGGCACCAAUCCCUGUCUCUGGGUCACUCCGACGCCGCGCCGUGCGGAUGUUUGUAAUUGUGUUUCUAAACAUAAAUAUUAUGUGUAAAUGUCUUUAAAAAUAUCAUUUGUUUGGACAAACUUGAUUAUUUUCAAAUUUCAAUAAAUAAAUUCGAUAUGUGUCUCUGU